UUUAUUAGUAAUGGUCUCUAGGGACUAGAGUGACUUCAUCUUUUCCUAACGAGCUCCGGAAAUCGCGAUUUUCUUUGGAAGUGGGGAAAACGGAGAAAUGGAGACCGUUGUGAAUCUGGCUUGUUUAUUUUUACUUUCACAUCUUAGUAUCGCAGCCGCGAAUCUGGAAUUGAUCUCGUCUGACAAGACACCUUGUAAGAAAAGUGCAGUGAACUAUAAUGUCACCCUAAGUAAGGGCGCCAAGGCUGGAAAAUAUUACAAAAUGGCGGGAAUAAACAAGAUGGACGAAUGCCUGGGACACUGUUGUGGGUCUAGGAGAUGUGAUGUUGCCUUCAUGGUCAAUAAAAACUGUUAUCUAGUCAAGUGUUUUAAUUCGGACUCGUGUGCCCUCAAGCAGUCUGAUAACCCCAAGUUUGACACGAUGCUUUCUGUGGUGUCCAAACCAAAAGCUAAGACGACGAAAGGAGAAGGAAAAGGGGAACCCGCCAUUGAAGAAAACCUUCAAGAGAAAGCUUCCGGGACAGAAACCACAGAACCUUUUAUUGUCGACAAUGGAGAAGAUGACAUGACCACGGUGACAGCCUUUGGGACUGGAAACACAAAACGAACAAAGCGGUCUUCUGAUGUUAUCGACAUGGUAGUAGCGAUUGGCUGUGGGACUGUGGCUGUUGCAGUUGGUGUGGCUGGUGUGAUUGUGAUGACAAGACGUUUGAUUGACAAUAACAAAUCAUAAUCUACAAGUUAACAUGACACAUAUGCUGGGCAUGUUCACACUCUACUUCAAAGGAGAACUGUCACUGAUAUUUUAGCGUAAUUCUGAAAAGCUUAAAAAAUCAUAGUUAAAUAACAGGAAACUAGCAAUAGCUGAUUGCUUUUUGGAAUAUUUCUUGGCAAAUAAAAAUUAUUCACUAGAAUGUGAAUCUUAUUCAGGACGGCAAGGGAUCGCAUAAUGGGCGACCGCGAAAACAUACGGGGAGGUCAAGUUUUUUAAUCUUACUAGAAAUCCCUUAGACUCUUGUUUAGUGAGAAGUUUUAACAAUAUUGCUUGCCGUCAGGAAAUCACUUUUUUGUUAUGGUUUGCUUUGAUGGAUUCAUAACGAUCUUAUUCCAUAAUUUAAGGGAUGUUUAAAAUUCCUGUUGUUUAAUACAGUCUGGAGUGCUGGCAGUGCCCUUUCACAAUGCAGAGUGAUCAACAAACUUUGUUAGAGAAGCUGUUGGUCAAAAAAGCCGCAAAUACGUUCACAUUAUUUUUGUAAUGGCGCAUUUAAUGUAUUGAUUUGUAAAUUCGGGAAGCGGUUUUGUUUUAAAACGAUAACUUUCAGCAGGUCUUGUAGGAGUAGCGUAUUUUAUAAAAUUAAAAUAAUUUAAAACUCCAAGGACCUUAGAUUAGACGGCAGUACGCUUCCUGAAUUGGUUAUCUCACUAGAGAUAAAGAUUUUAAACAAUGCUUUAACUGAAAUUCCAUUGAGAGUCGAAACAGAGUCUGUUUUUGUGAAGCUUUCGCUAGUAUCCCAAAGCCGUCACCAACACAAACUGUGGUUACCCCCUCGUAUAUCUGCAGGCCUAUUUGAACACUUUUUCUUACACUGGACUGUUGUUUGUAUGGACGAUUAACCCAUUCAGACUCAGGGAGUCAUUCCUGUACAUUAUACACUAAACCAGGUAUAUUAAAGCGAUAAAGACGCUUUCAAAUUUGAAACACUGCAAUGAUGAUAACUAAAUUGCUUUUGAUAGUUGUUGUUGUUGCUGGUGUUUCAGAUUCUAUGUCUUAUUUUCAUCGCAAGAAUAUAAUCCAGAUAAGUGUUGAGACACUGCACUGCAUCUCACGUUCUCAAAUGUGAUCAAACUUGUCAAUCAUGUUUAUAAAUGUUUAAAAAUUUAUCUAUGGAGUGUUUUCACAUGACGUCGAAUUUCCAAAACACUCUUGGUGGAUUAGGUGAACUCUUGGACGUCACGUGAGUGAAAACGCUGUAUACAAAGAAAAAGCUUGUAUUGAUAACCCAUAAACCAUUUUCAUAGGGUUUGGUUAGAUUAAACUCUGUAUAGGCACUAACUUAUUCCUAGUUGCAACUGUCUUAUAAAAAAAAUUAAACAUAAAAUAAUACAUACCAUGUAUUAAAGUGUUUUAGAUA